AUCCUGCACAGGAGGCUGACGAGCUGAACCCUUAUGUAGUACAUCAUCCUUUUGUUGGAGCACCCAUCGGUUCCUGUCCGACCGCUGAGAAAAAUUUUCCAUGAUGCGCAGAUAGCAAGCAGUGCUUUCUUAGGGGAAGAUGGCUUCACUUCUCCGCCAAAUAGUUGCAGGCCCCCGUGCCAGACACCCAGAAGCAGGUCUAGAUCUGUGUUAUGUGACCGACUACAUUGUCGUCACUUCUGGCCCUAGCUCAGUGUGGCCCAGGAAAGCCUAUCGGAACCCCCUAGAUCAGCUCGUCGGCUUCCUCGACCGGAAGCAUGGCGAGGAAUGGGCGAUUUUCGAGUUUCGAGCCGAAGGGACAGGGUAUCCUGACUCCGAGGUCUACAACAGAGUCCACCACUUUCCAUGGCCAGACCACCACCCGCCUCCUUUUGCCAUCAUCCCGAACAUCAUGGCUGCAAUGCGGAACUGGAUCCAGCGACUGGACGAAGAUGUCGAUAAAAGCAAAGAUAAAGACAAGAAAAGAGUGGCUGUAAUACAUUGCAAAGCAGGUAAAGGCAGAAGCGGGACGGUCGCGUGCUCAUAUCUUAUCAGCGAGGAAGGGUGGAAGAAGGAGGAGGCUCUCCAGCAGUUCACCAUCAGACGGAUGCGGCCUGGGUUUGGCCUUGGCGUGAGUAUCCCAAGUCAGUUGCGUUGGGUCGGAUAUGUGGAUCGAUGGACAAACAGCCUAGGCAAACGAUACGUCGAAAGACCUGUCGAGGUUGUUGAAAUCCACGUGGAGGGUCUCAGAGACGGCGUUAAGGUUUCAAUAGAGGGCUACGUGGAUGAUGGCCGGCGCAUUCGGACCUUUCAUACUUUCAGUCGACAAGAGAAAACCGUGAUGGAAGAAAGCAACGCUAAACAAUCAAAGUCGGACUCAAACGGGAAAAAGGACAGUGAGAUUCUUAGCUCUCCGCAGAAUGCCUCUCCACGAUCUUCUUCGUUGAGCUUGGGCAAGAAUUCAUCCGGUACAACUCAAAAUGUCAUCCUGAAACCAACUUCACCGGUGAUACUACCCACCAGCGACAUCAACGUCGACUUUGAGCGACGAAACAAAGCCGGCUAUACAGGCCUCACGAUGGUGACGGCUCUUGCACAUGUCUGGUUCAACGCAUAUUUUGAAGGAGGUCACGAAGGGCACAGUUCGGGAGUCUUUGAAAUUGAAUGGGAGGCGAUGGAUGGUAUCAAGGGAAGUUCCAGAAAGGGCACUAGAGCCCUUGACAGAUUGAAAGUCGUUUGGCAAUAUGCCAAGCAAGAAGGAGAUGGCGCUCCCAUGGAGCGAAUCAUUACGGAACCCGAGAAGGGGGAGCCGGUACCUGAAGGACGACCUGCAAACUGGCAGGGUGAAGCCGAUGAGGAGGUCCGACCAACCGAUGGCGUUGAUAGCGGCCGGAAGGGAGGGGCUGCACUCACCAUGAGCGCGAUGGUCAAUCAAGGAGCGAGUACUCUAGGUAAAGAACUCGGCCUCAGGAAGUCCCGCCCCGACAGCGUGAAUGUAAGUCGCGCCUCGAGCGUCAAGGGCGGAUCUGCAACGACAGACAUGGGCGCUGCUGCACAACGAGUCGAGGAAUCGGAAGACCAAGGCGUGAAGCAAUGUGGUCCAGCAGGCGAAGACCUUUCUUAUGACGGCGCUUCAGACCCCGAGGGUGCAAGCAGACAAGACACAAAGGUUGGUCACAGAAUGGAAGCUGGGAUGGCCAAAGUCGCUCACGUGAUCUCAAAGAUGAAGCCUUCGGAGGACAAGGCUGCGGAAAAGGGAGAAGAUGCCGACCACCAGGCGGACAGGGAGAAUUCAGCAUGAUCUUAUGACUUAAGGCAUUGAUACCCUUUGCAAAGCGGGUCAACAUUGCGUGGUGUUUGAUGUGUAUUGCGGAUAUACAGAUAUGUUUGUCUCGCCCUUGGAUGGUUGCGGUGUCUGCUUCGCAAAAGAUCCAUGGCGUCCAUCCCGGCGUUUUCACAACAGAUAUCGUUUGUCAGUCUGUUUAACAGCUUCGCGGACAAAUAUGCAGACUCCUAAAGUGCCUUCUCUUGC